AUAAAUUGUAAAAAAUAAUCAUCAUGAAGAAUACUUUGAGAAAUUAUACAGAGGAUAGUGAUGCCAUGUUAGCUAAGAUUGCUGUUCGUCAGAAAAAUAAUGAACAAAAGAACAUGUGAAUACCCCAGUUUAUGCUUUCGCUAAAAGAUUUCAAAGAUCAAUCAGAGUCUGGCACUUCACCAGCUUCAACUAAUUCAAUGAAGUUUAAAUGCCAAAGUUCCUUAGUUGAGAGAAGAUACAUAAGGAAAUUUACAUCUGAAGUAUCAGAGAAUUUUUAUUCUAGUGAUUUCUUGACACCACAGAAGAAAUCUUGAAAGAAAUCAGCUAAAGGAAACUGUGCUCAAACAUUUCCUAGGAAUAUAAGAACCAAAUCUAUUAGGGAUCUCAAUGAAGAUACUCCUAGCGAUACUGCUUACGACGUGAAUGAAUCAUACUUUGAAUGCUCGAAACUGAAACGGUGCUCGAUAAUUACAUCUUCAAGCCCUUCAGGGAUGUACUUUACCCAUGCAAAGAAGGCCAGGAUAUCUUGUCCAAAAUUUAGAAGAAAUAGUAAUACUUUGAGGGGAACUUCUUUCAUGAUCGAUGAAUCAUCACUUUCACUAAAACCAACAAUAUGUAACUCUUCAGAAAAGUUGAGCAGAGAUAUCAUGAGCAUGAAUAGAAGCCUGGCUUCCUUUGGCAAAUCUUAUGAAUCUCCUCAAUUUUCACAUGAAAUUCUUAGUGAUUCUGAAAGUGAGAGUGUUAAUAAAAGAAUUAUGUGAUCUCUUGGAGUUUGCAAGCCUGUAGAUCAGGACUUCAGUUCUCUUAUGGCUAAGUGAAUGUCUCGGAAUUCCUACCCUGUUUCUAUAAAAAAGGCAGAUGUUGAGGCAGUUAAUGACGAUAUAAAUAGUCUUGAAGUUCUCUUGCUCAAGAAAUAUAAGGCAAUCGAGAAACUCCAAAGCGACCUUAAAUUGGUGGAAGGUGAAAAUACUGAGCUAAAAUCCCAGUUAAAUUGAUUGCUCAUUGACGAAAUGGGAAACUAAUAGGCAAGACCCUAAUUUUUCGUACAUUAAAAAGUUAUGCUG